CAGAUUGAUGUGUGUAGUGAUCGUGAGCUGUGUGUAGAUCCCCACUCGUUUGACCAGCCAGCUGCCAGUUUACAGCUCAGAUUCAAUACUUUCUAGACUUGCUUAGCGAUUGCAACACGUCACGGCGCGAGGAAAAAUAAAAACUCAAUUGUAUAAAUAUUUUCCGUGUUAAAAGUUUUUCUUAAAAAUAUACAAAAACAAAAAAUGAGCGAGGAAGAGCGAUUCUCGGACAGGGAACAACGGGAGUGCGAAGAAGAAGAGGAUCAGGAAAUCUUCGACGAUGGCUUGGAAUAUUCCGAGCCUGGACAGCAAAAGGUGGAAAAGCCGUCGAAAGAUGAAAAAAACGUGGCAAAAUGGCUAAAAAAGAAUGUCAAGACAAAGAAAACUAAAUUUCUAAGUCACAUUGUUGAAUAUUUCACCUCGAGCAAAGCCAUCGAUGCAUUGAUGAAGUCGAAAUUCGCCGAGGGCGAUAAUCCAUUGUUUAGCACACGUGAACAGGCUGUGGAGUUUUUGGACAUAAUGUUGGAGCAUAAGUUUUUCCAUCGGGCCAAAAAGGUGCCCGUCACGCUGGACGAGCUGCGUGGCAAGUCCGAAAAGAAAACCGAAUCAAGCAAAACACAGGAUAAGGAGAAGGAUAAAACAGAAACAACUGGGGGAAAAUCCAGUACAAAGACUUCAUCAUCGUCGGAGAAAAAAGAUACGGACCCGGAAGGUGAUGGUAAUGGUGUGCAAUCCGUAGUAGCCGAUAAGAAGGAGAAAAAGAAACGCAAAAUCCGGCUUGAUAUGCAUCCGGAACAAAUUUUUGUCGACGGUUCCGAGGCAUAUGUGUGGAUCUAUGAUCCAAUACCAAUACACUAUUGGAUCAUUGGUUUCCUAUUACUUCUUGGCGCCGUUGGCAUUUGCAUGUAUCCGUUGUGGCCACCACUACUGCGAAAGGGCGUCUACUAUUUAUCCAUAACCGCAGCUGGUUUCCUGGUCUUCAUUCUGGCCCUGACUGUGGUGCGUUUAAUUAUAUUUACGAUUGUGUGGGCUCUAACCGCCGGCAAGUUGCAUUUCUGGAUCUUUCCGAAUCUGACCGAAGAUGUUGGCUUUUUUGCCUCCUUCUGGCCGCUGUAUGAGAGCAAUUAUGUCAGUGAUGCAUCCGCAUCCUCAUCAUCUAAAUCCGACAAGAAAUCCAAAUCGAAAUCGAAGAAAAAGGACAAAGAUAGCGAUGCUGAGGAAGAUACGGCGGUUGAUGCGGAUGGCGAUGGUGAUGGAGACGGCGAUGGAGAUGUAGAUGGCGAUACAUUGCCUUUAGAACCAGAAAAAAUUGAGCAAAUCAAAGAGCAUGACGCCGACAUGGAGGUGCGCAAACGUCGCAAAGUUGGCGCCGAUGACUACGAGGAGGAUGACGAUGACGAUGGCGAUGCGACUGGUGAUGAUGGGCGGGAGACUUCAUCAUCACAUAAGGAUUCAACGGCGGCAGAAGCCAAGGAUACCAAAGCUGGCACACCCCGGAAUUCGGAAUCGGACUCGGAGAGCUCUAGCAAAGAUUAUGAGAUAAUUAGUUCAAGUGAAGUGCAAAACGUGGCUGGCAACUGAAUGGAAAAAUAUUAAAAAACAAAAUAAAAAUAAAAAAAAAAAAAAAAACACUCAUAGAUCUAUGCUUAAUGUAUUUCAAUGAAACACAUCCAAUUCUAGCUAAUUGA